CAACUGGUGCUUAUUGAAUCUUGUUCAGGCCUGGUCAAGUCGUUGCAAUUUGGUGAUGAGGAUGUGGUCGAUCCAGUCACGUGGGUUCUCCACCAGCACCGUUGCCCUGGGGAAGACUCUUGUGGAGAAAGUGAGAGCACAACCUCCGUCUCGAAAUGACAUGUCGUUGAAAGAGUGUACACAACUGUUUUGGGAAUGGUUGACGAACUCGCCGACAAAGAUGCUGAAGCACUAUGAGGAAGCCAUCUUGGCCGAUGUUAAGCUCCCCGAGGGGGUGACCAUGACGAAGUCCAAAGUGGCUGGAUUACAUCAGAUCAAAUUGACAAAUCAACGGGCAAAGAUCUCUACUCCAACGUUGCUUGUCCACGGCCAUGGUGCGACUGGAAUGUUCUUCCAUAGAGAUUUCCCUGAUUUGUCUGCCAAUUUCAAGGAACUAUACACUGUGGACCAUCCUGAUUGUGGAUUGAGUGAUCUAAAGAAGUUUAAAGUGCGUAUGCCUAAGGCCAAGGUUACUCUGAAGAAGUUGGAUAAUGACAAGCGUGAGUUCACCAUUGAACAAGACGUUGAGAAGAACAGGGAAAGUGUUGUUAAAGUGGAAAAUUUCUACCUGGAUGCAUUUGAGAAAUGGAGACAGGAGAAUCGACUGGAUAGGCUCAACAUCGUGGCACACUCCUUCGGUGCGUACUUGUCCUUCAAGUACUGCUUGAAAUAUCCUCACCGUGUUAACAAACUGGUCCUGUGCUCACCAGCAGGUGUUGAACGGUCCAUCUUCUCUUUGAACAACAAGCAGAACCAUGGCAUAGUUUCACAGGACCCCUCUUCUCCUUCCUACUUGCGGUUCGCCUACUUGCCAUGGCUCAUCACCACGUUUGGAUUCAAUUUGGCAAAAAUCUUUGGUCCAUUUGCAGUGCAAAUUUUAACAAAAUACCUGAGUCUUCGAUACUCAAGAGGGUCUGAUAAUGAUAAUCAGAUCAAACUACUUUUGAGAUAUACUGUGCAUCUGUGGUAUCAAAAUAACCAAUCCUUCCGCAAUUUGCUUGUGAUAAUCAACAACCAAAUAUUGUCACUGGAUCCAAUAUUGGACAACAUCAAGCAGUUGAAAGUCCCAACAUAUAUAAUGUACGGCCAAUACGACUGGAUGAACUCUCAAGCAGGAUAUGCUGCGUUUGAAGAAUUGGAAGGAGUCGAGGCGAAAUACAAGAUCAUCCCACAAGCUGGUCAUAACGUGUUUUUAGAUAACUCAGAGGUGUUUGAUAGUGAGGUUAUACACUUCCUAUCAGAUGAGACAACUAUCAACGGCGAAAACAGAAUUUGAGAUGAAUCAACCAUAUAUCAUGAUACAAAUGACAUUAACGAGAUACAAGAAGAUAUUCACAACCAUACUGGAGAACUACAUAUGUUUUAAAGCUAGAAACUAAAAUAAAAUCUUUAUAAUAUUGGG